UUUUUGGUUGUACAAUAGUUCUUAUUUUGAAAACAUUCCAAUCAUAGAGAAACUUUACAUUUGAUGGAGUUUGCUGCUUUCUACAUAUUGUAUGUGUGUGAGCUGUCUCUGUAUUUAGUUCUCCAUUUGGACUUACGUCUUCAUUUCACUGUAGCACUACGAAAUGUUUUAGAAAGGGCACAGCAGUGGCCGAGGCCAGCUUUGCCCAGGCUGGGUGAUCAGGUGGUGGUGGGUUCUGGUGGACGCCAGUGUGCAGGUGGCGAUGGUGUCAGCAGGCGGGGACGACCCCCUUUCUUAUUGCACUUGUGUUGUCUCUGAGGAAACAGCAGCUUCAGGUCUUAGGCAGGAGUCCCUUGCUCCUUGGAGAGGUUGGUACAGGGUUUCCUUCCUCCAGUGGCUGGGCCGCCUCCGCAGGUAAUCAGAAGGGUGCUCCAAGGAGGCUGCUGAGGGUCAGACCUUCCCGGGACCCAUUUUCUUGAUUUUUUAUCUUGAAAGUAAAUGGUGAUAUUUGCGCUAUCAUAGCACAAGCAGCACGGUGACUCGCGUUUCACAGUGGUGCAGGUGAUCUCAUGUGCUUUUGAAGUCCUGCCACCUUUCUAGCAGUGCCACACUGGGGUUUUUUCAGUUCUUUUUAAAGAGGCGGGUCUUGCUAUGUUGCUCAGGCUGGUCUUAAACUCUUUGGUUAGAGUGAUCCUCCCACCUCGACCUCCCGAGUAGCUAGGAUUGAAGGCACAAGCCACUGUGCCUGGGUGUGCCACAUUUUAACUCUCUAGGAAGUUAGGAGGCAAAACUCCCACAUUUCGGGGAGUGACCUGUCCUCAGUCACCUUCCCGACCGGGAGUUUCCCCACAAAGGACAGAGUUCUGCCCUUGAUCUGAAUUUUGACAAAGUGAGGCAUUUCCCUUCCACAGAGAAUGGGACUGAGCAUGUCCUUGCUAGCGGUCCUCACACCUGGGGGAGCUGGUGGGGUGACUUCCUCUGUUCCGUUCCUCCUACCAUGGUGUCCGAAGGCAUCAUGGACUGAACGCUGCCCUUGUUCUCUGACAGAGCCUGGGGUCUUCAGAAGCUGGGUGGAGUUGACUGAUGGGCACUCAAUGGCCUGUAAGAAGGUGCAGGCAGGGGGGUGUCAUCUCCAUCCUCUGAAGGUUUGUGGACCCCAAACUUAACCAAGAGGCAGAGCCUGAGACUGGGACAGAGAAUAAGGGCAGGGUCUAGAAAGCCUUUCCCCAACUUGAGGUCCACCUUAAGGUGUGGGGCCUGCCCUCACCCUCUCACUGUCAUCAAUAGCCCCAGGGGGACCUGGGAGGUGAAUUACCUGAGGCUCAGUAGCAUUCAGGCUGGGUGCCAGGGACACUCCUAGGCCAUCUCCUUGCUGCUUGAGUAAGGGAGAAAUCCCCAGGCCUACUGUGUCCCAGAGGAAGGAAAAAUACGCACAGUACUUUCCAGGGAGUCCUGCCUUUGUCCCAGGGACUCCAAGCUCUUUUUCAUGUCUGAGCCCCACCUGGCACCUGUCCCAAGACUCACUCCUGAGAUGGGAUUAAGUAAGGAGCAGAUGGAGGAGCCAAGGCUUCUUCCUCAGGGAGUAAGUGCUCACAUCCGACAGAGGCACCUACAUGCCGGCCUGAACCAGGGCUAGGAGGUACCAGCCAGGAUGUGGUCUUGUGGGCGAGUCCUCAGCUCAGAUAAGGGAAGGCUGAGGACUGAGAUGAAGACACCCAGAGUCUGGCUAUUAGAACACCUGGGGCCAGAGGGGGGUGGUUUCUAAAGGAUCCAGGUGCUGGCUGAUGCGGUAACUGGAGUACAGGGCAGGCUGGACUCAGGCUCACCAGGGACACAGUGAGAGUCUCAUCUGGGCAGUCAAGACACUCUCGAUGGGUGCAGGGGGUCUAGGAGAUCCUAGAAGGUCUAGGUGGGCUGAAAUAAGCCUGGCCAUAAAGAGAGAAAUAUGUUUGGAUUUUUUUAUCCCAUUUAUUAUUUUUUUUCUGUUGACUUGAAAACCCUAUCCCAUGUUUGGUGAACCCAGAGCAAGGAGUCCAGAAGCUGCUGGAGGAGGAGCUAUGGGAACCUCUGCCUCCCCUCUGUGCCCCCUCCCUGUGCCCCAAUGCAAAUUUCCACUGCACUCCUGCAAUGAUAAUGCUCACUGCCAGGACCCAUGCCCAGGGUCUCCCUCUUCAGCUCGAGAGACCACCAUCAGGCACGGUCCCCACCCCUCGCGUGCACGGCCCCCACCCCUCCCGUGCUGGCCCACGGUGGAAUCAGCCUCUCCGGUUUCUGGUGAUUUCAUCAGGGCUGCAUCACAUUGCUAGAGCUCGAGAUAACAUCUCCCUGUGGGUAACCCUUCCCUGCCAAGCCCCCUGAAGCUGGACCCAGGCUGAGAGAAGAGACUCUGGGGUGUGGAAUGAAUUUAGGGAUGUGAGGGUCUACCAGGCAGAAGCAGGUUGGCUGUGAUGUCAGCACAGAGCUCAGGAACGCUGCCAUUGGACCCUGGGGCCUAUGAGGAGGAGAAGAGGUCAGGAGCUGGUGAGGUGCUUGCAGAGACCCUGGGCUCCUAUCCUACCAUAAGCCUCACUGUCUCCUGAUAUCUGCAGCCAGGCCCUACUGAUACCCCCAGGCCUGGGUGCAAGCAGAGACCCUACCCUUCCCAGGCCCUGGAGGACUGGUCCACCUUAACUGGGCAGCCCUUGGGGCGGGCGCUGGCUGGUGCCCCAGCCCAGGCCUCUGUGCUCUGUAUGCACUGCCAGCCUGCCAUCGGGCCCCUUGCAGCGGGUUGCAGCCCUGAACCAUGAUCCAGGGCACCUUGGAGCCAGAUGGUCCCCUCUGGGGCUGGGACUGGGACAGUGACAAUGACUGGGAUAGUGCUGUGCUGGCCCUCCUGGCACUGGCUGUGGUGGCUGCCACAGCGCUGGCCUUACACUGGUUUGGCUCCGGGCACGACCAAGAGGUGGCAGGACCAGCGUCCACAGCCCUGGGGGCUCAACCUCAUCAGGCAGGAGGAGCGGAUCUGGCCCUGCAACCGAAGUCCAAGGUUAGUGAUGGCAGCGAGGGGCCGAGCCCAGGGCAGGGGAAACUGGAGCCCCCAGGACGCGGCCAGCGGAGCCCUGUCCCUGCUGCAGCCCAGGGCGGGGGCCCGGCCACCAUGGCCCAGCUUCCACUCAAGACAGCUGUCGAGGAGGCCCGCAGAGGGGCAUUAGGACAACAACGGGGCAGAGCCACCCCCACGGCCUCCGGAGCGGAAGGAAAGGAGCCUCCCAGGCCAGGCACUGCCCUCCUGGGCAGGAGUGAAGAGCGGGGGAUGUCCGCCCCCCUCCUGAUCCACUUCACUCCUCGGAGCCCUGGCAGCGAAGCGGAGGCGCAGGCGGAGACAGGUGGUGUCAGGGCACCCUCUCGCCAGGCGGCGGGCCCCGCGGGGCAACAGGACACUGGCCCCUGGCAGGCGGGCGCGGGGCCCUCGGGCUCGCUGGGGAGAGGCCGGGGCCGGCGGCGGAGGAUGGACGCUGGCUCGGGAGACAGAGCCCGCCGCCCCCGGAAAGUGGACCCGCUUCGCCUGGGCGCCGCGGGGAGCGUGUGGGACGCGGUGGAUGAGGCCGCCGCCCUGGACGCCCACGCGCGCGGCCUGCCCACAGGACCCCCACUCGCCCAGGAGCCCGCGCCCCGCGCCCCGCAGCCUGGGUCUCAGACGGGGGGCUCUGGGGCUAAGGUUGGCUGGAGCAGGGCGGCUUCGGGGGUCCCUGCCCCCGGAGGAGGCUGGCCCUGGGCCAGCAGGGAGGUCCCGGGCACCCGGAGCUUUGGCCCAGCCCCAGGCUCUACGCGCCCCUGGCUAGACAGUCCGCCUCAAGGACGCCCACUCUCGUCCCAAGGGCCGGGGGCCUCAGGGGCCAACGAUGCGGGCGAGGCCGGGGCUGACGGCCCCGGAGACGACAGUCCUGCUGCUGACCUGGGGCAGACCCGGCCCCUGGAGCAAGCAAAGCCGGCCGCAGCCUUCCGCAGCCGCGCCCCUUCCCAGAGCCGUGAGCCAGGCGCGCUGUCUGCCUCCCCGCCCGCAGCUCCCGGCCCCGGGUUCCCACCUGAAGCCCUGACUCUCCCGACCCCGUCUCCUUCAGAUUUUUUGCCCCUGGGGGUUACCCAGGGUCCUUCUGUGGGCAAAAAUCUCAGAGCAGCGCUAGCCCCAAGUUCAGCCUCGGUCCAAGUCUUAACUUCAGUUCCAGCCUCAGCCCUAGCCCCAGCCCUGGCCUCAUCCCCGGCAUCAGUACCGACCCCAGCCCCCACCUCAACCUCAUCCCCCACCUCAGCCCCAACCCCAGCUCCAACCUCAGCUCCAACUUCAACCCCAGCCCCAGCCCCAAGUCCAGCUACAACUCCAGCCCCAGCUCCAGCUCCAGCCCCAACUCCAGCCCCAGCCCCAGUCCCAGUCCCAACCCUCACCUCAGCCCCAACCCCAGCCCUAACCCCAGCUCCAACUCCAGUCCCGACCCCAGUCACAUCUCCUGCCCCAGCCGCAUCCCCUGUCCCAGCUGGCGGGUCAAAGCCUCAGGAGAGUGUGGCUCUCCCCAGCCGCUACCAGGAGGGGCAGGUCUCAGCCAGCUGGGGAAACCUUACUGCCAUGGUUCUUAGAAGCCACCCCUUCCCCAGGCAAGAGGGGCCCCAAGGGAGUGUCCCAAGGGCGGUUCCUGGGAGCCCUGUGGAUCCCAGCACUUCCACACACUCUGAGGACACAGAUGGCCCCUCUUCUUCAGUGGGGACAGUCAUGGGGACAGGUAUAGGGGGCCUGGUUGGGGCUGGAGGUCAACCACAGACAAGAAGCUCCCAGACCAACGGAAAGCCCAGCCCAGACCCUCCCCCAGGCCUAAGAGGAGAGGGAACCAGGGAGAAAAGUCUAGACUCGCUGUCCCAAGCGGCAGUGCCCAGGGGCCCCCCACAGCCCUCUGCACAGAGGCCGUCUGGCCCCGUGGCCUGCUCCUCUGUGAGGCUCUCACAGCCGGUACCCCAGCCACGGAAACGCAGCAGGUGUGAAAUCGCCCCGACCUCGCAGCAGGAGGUCAGGCCGGCCGCCUCAGGGGACCCUCAAGGGGAGCCGCCGGGGGAGGGGGGCAGCCCUGCCGGCCGCAGCGGGGCGCUCACAGAGAAGCAGAAGGAGGCCCGGAAACUCCUGGUGUUUCUGCAGAGGCCCGGGAGUUGGGGGGUGGUGGAGGGGCCCCGGAAACCCAGCUCCCGGGCCCUGGAGCCCACCACGGCGGCGGCCCUGCGGCGGCGGCUGGACCUGGGCAGUUGCCUGGACGUGCUGGCCUUUGCCCAGCAGCACGGGGAGCCCGGCCUGGCGCAGGAGACCUACGCGCUGAUGAGCAACAACCUGCUGCGAGUGCUGGGAGACCCGAGCCUGUACCGCCGGCUGAGCGCAGCGGACCGCGAGCGCAUCCUCAGCCUGCGGACCGGCCGGGGCCAGGCGGUGCUGGGCGUCCUCGUACUGCCCAGCCCCUACCAGGGGGGCCGCUCAGGGCUCCCCAGGGGCCCUCGUAGCGAGGAGCCUCCUGUGGUGGCCCCUGUGCCCCUGCCGCUACGUUCGCACCUGCAUGUGUUCAACCCCCGGGAGAACACCUGGCGGCCCCUGACCCAGGUGCCCGAGGAGGCCCCGCUCCGGGGCUGCGGUCUCUGCACCAUGCACAACUAUCUGUUCCUGGCGGGGGGCAUCCGUGGCUCCGGUGCCAAGGCCGUCUGCUCCAACGAGGUCUUCUGCUACAACCCUCUGACCAACAUCUGGAGCCAGGUUCGACCUAUGCAGCAGGCCCGAGCCCAGCUCAAGCUGGUGGCCCUGGACGGGCUGCUAUAUGCCAUCGGUGGCGAGUGCCUGUACAGCAUGGAGUGCUACGACCCGCGUACAGAUGCCUGGACCCCACGCGCGCCUCUCCCCGCAGGCACCUUCCCUGUGGCCCACGAGGCUGUGGCCUGCCGUGGGGACAUCUACGUCACAGGGGGUCACCUCUUCUACCGCCUGCUCAGGUACAGUCCCGUGAAGGAUGCUUGGGACGAGUGCCCAUACAGUGCCAGCCACCGGCGUUCCAGCGACAUCGUGGCGCUCGGGGGCUUCUUAUACCGCUUCGACCUGCUGCGGGGUGUGGGCGCCGAGGUGAUGCGCUACAACACGGUGACCGGCUCCUGGAGCAGGGCUGCCUCCCUGCCCCUGCCCGCCCCCGCCCCACUGCGCUGCACCACCCUGGGUAACACCAUUUACUGCCUCAACCCCCAGGUCACUGCCACGUUCACGGUCUCUGGGGGGACUGCCCAGUUCCAGGCCAAGGAGCUGCAGCCCUUCCCCAUGGGGAGCACUGGGGUCCUCAGUCCAUUCAUCCUGACUCUGCCCGCUGAGGACCGGCUGCAGACCUCACUCUGAGUGGCAGGCAGAGAACCAAAGCUGCUUCACAGCUCUGCAGGGAGACCCUCCUGGGAUGGGCCUGAGGGGCCGGGGCUCAGGGAGGGGGCUGGGAUCAGAAUUUCCUGCUCUUGUUUCUGGACAACUUUCCCCGUCUGCUUUAAAGGUUGUCAAUUAUUUUGAAGCCCAGACGCCCUCAGCCUCUUUCUGCCCCUUACUCCACACUCAAACUGUUUCCUGACUCAAUUCUGUGCCUGCUUACAGACCCACUCAGCCUGCUCACACCCCUCUGUCUGUGGCACUCCCUAUUCCCUAGAGCCAGGGACUGACGUGUCCCCACAGACAAGGACCUGGCUUGCUGGAGCUCUGCUGAGCCGAGAGGAGGGGGUAGAAAACAUUCACACCUCCUAGGCUCUGCCAGCAGGACAGGGAGCAAAAACCUUUGUCCUCGAGGGCAAUGCCCUCGCCUCUGGGACUUUCUGCCUGUCCUAAGGCCUCCCCAGGUACCAACUCUGUAGCCAGCUGGGUCUGUUUGGCGCUGUGGAUUCUCAAGGGCCUAGAACCCUUGCCUCUGAAACUGGGUCCGUGUGUGCUGUCCUGCAGGCUGCAGCCCCUACCCAUACCCCCAGCUCACACCAGGCAGGCCCACUCCGGGCUCACCACCCUCUGCAGCCUUGUGGGGCUCUCCCAGCCCCUCCAGAAGCCCACUCCACUUCUCACCAAUCCCCCACCUCUAAAUGAGGCCUGAGCGUCACCCUAGUUCUGCCCGUUUUUAGCUGUGUGGACUUGGACAUUUGACUUCCCUUUCUCCUUGUCUGUAAAACAUGGACAGUGGACAUCUGUCGCCCAGGAGAGCUGCGGGAGACAAGGUUGCAGCUGUGAGCACCUUGCACGGUGUCCAGGACGCACAGCUCAAUCCAUGCUGUGUUUUCUCCCCUUAUGCACUUUGAAACCCAUGCUAGAAAGGUGAAUAAAUCUGACUAUGGCCCACUCCAACCUCCAGCCUGGGUGUCCCUGUCUGGGCUCUUUUUUUUUUGUUUGUUUUUUAUUCUAUGUUCAGCACCACUGGCACCAAAUACAUUUUAAUUCACCGAAAGCA